AUGCGGGCCACCGAUCUCAUCUCGUCUCUAGUCAUACUAUUUACAUUCAUCAGUUCCAGCACAGCACUCUGGACUUUUGCCCUUCCGAACAGCCUCCGUCAACGACCCCUAGUCCUCCAAAACCAAGACCAAGACAACCACCAGCACCCGCACGGGUCCAAACCGAUCAUGGACAGACUCAUCCCCGGAAUUCUAAAACCCCAGCCAGGGCCCCAGCCCAAUAUCGGCGGCGAAGCUGACGAGCCCAUAAUCUCCGACGUCCUCCCCAAAACAAAAGGAAUCAACAUAUUCGCCCAACUGACCCGAGACUUCGACUCGAUAUCGCAGCGUCUAAACGACGCAUCCAAGAACCUGACCGUCCUGGCCCCUCGCAACAGCGCAGUCCAGGACCUGCCCCGCAAGCCGUGGGAGGAUCCGGAGGACUAUGCGAAAUUUGGCGAGGUGAAUGCAUAUGAGGGGCAGGAUGGGAAGGAUCGGGCGAGGGAUAAUUUGCGCCGUUUUGUAGAGGCGCAUCUUAUUCCUGUUAGUCCUUGGGUUGAGGGGGAGGAGGUUGAGACGCUUGGUGGGGUUAAGUUGAAGUGGGUUAAGGAGGGUGAUAAGAUUAAGAUUCAACCGGGUGAUAUUGAAGUAGAUAAGGUUGCGGAGAAGGUUGCCAACGGUGAGGUUUGGGUUCUUAAUAAGGUGAUCAAUUACAGUCGCUGA